AGACUACUCGACGCCGUUAGUUGUUUUUUUCAUUCUUCAGCUCAGAGCCUCCGAUAACGGAAGUGAUCGGUUUAUUCUUGACACGUUAUUGCCUAUGAUGAUCAUGACCGCUCUGAAGCUAGCUAGAGCAUUUGGGAAUAGGAGGAAUCAUACCUCAAUUGGCGUUCAGGAUAUAAUAGGACCAAGAUUUCGGCGCUUGCUUUCUUCCGCCGCCGCUGAAGGCUACGGAAAGAGGUUCGCCGUUCUGUGGGGAAACGGAGACUUCGGGAGGCUGGGAUAUGGCAGCAUUGAAUCGCAGUGGAGUCCUAAACCUCUGCUGCCUUCCGCUUUUCAUGAUCAAAGCCUCCGCGACAUCGCUUGUGGUGGUGCUCACACUCUUUUCCUCACAGAAAAUGGCAGUGUUUAUGCAUGUGGUCUCAAUGAUUUUGGACAGCUAGGCAUUCCAGAUGAUAAAAGUUAUGCCACUGAGCCAGUCUGUGUUGAUUCACUCCCCAAAGACAUUGUAAAAAUUUCUGCUGGUUAUCAUCAUUCUUGUGCUGUUACAGUUGAUGGUGAACUCUAUAUGUGGGGAAGGAACUCGAGUGGACAACUUGGCUUUGGAAAGAAAGCCAAUAAAGUAGUUCCAUUUCCGAGAAAAGUUGAAAGUUUGAAUGGGCUACCUAUAAAAGCAGUCUCCUUGGGUCUUGAGCAUUCAAUUGCUGUUACAGUUCAUGGUGAGGCCUUGAGUUGGGGUGGGGGAGGCUCUGGACAACUUGGCCAUGGACUACAUUCAGGAAUUUCUGGAAUGUUAAAAAGUAACAGUGAAUAUGCACCGAGGCUUAUAAAGAAGCUUGAAAGUAUGAAGGUCAAACAAGCUGGUGCUGGGAUGUUGCAUUCUGCCUGCGUGUGUGAGAAUGGAUGUGUAUAUACUUUUGGUCAAAGAGCAAAGACAAAAUUUGGCUUUGGGGAUGCAUACUAUGAUAUAGAACCAUGUGUAGUAUGUGAGUUGCCAUCUUCAGAAAUGACUGCAUGUGGUGGUUAUCACACGUGUAUUGUUACAAGUGGUGGAGAUCUGUAUACAUGGGGCUCUAAUGAGAAUGGGUGUCUUGGAACUGGUUGUACAGAUGUUACUUAUUCACCUGAAAGGGUUCAAGGUCCGUAUAUGAUGGAUUAUGUUCACAAGGUAUCCUGUGGUUGGAAACACACAGCAGCGAUUUCUGGUGGCAAUGUGUAUGCAUGGGGAUGGGGAGGAUCCUAUGGGACAUUUUCCGAAGAUGGACAUUCUUCGGGCGGACAAUUGGGGCAAGGAAACGACAUUGACUACAUUGAGCCUGCACUGGUUAACUUUCAGGUUGGCGUUAGAGCAUUGCAAAUAUCAUGUGGAUUUAAUCAUACUGGUGCUGUAGUUGAAUAUACAUGAACAACAAUAAGCUGAGGAGCCAUUCAUCUUAGAAAGGAAAAAAGAAAACAGGUUCAGAGAGUGCACAUCAAUAUUAAUUCUUUGCCAAUAAGCCAAUUUUAUACAAACCAUAUGAGUCAUGAAGGACUAUAAUUCAUUCCUUAGACUUCAUCAAAUAUUGUGUGUUGUGCCAUAGUAAUCGUAUAGGCUCUGUGUAUGUAUUGUAUUUGUUCCUCCAACUUUCCCACCGCUCGGCCAACUAAGCUACCCAUGGAGGUGUAUGUAUUGUAUUGUACUAGUAUCUUUAUCCGUGUCGUGCACGGGAUAAACGAUUUCAGGGGCGUAGUCAGGAUAGAAGCUUGGAGUGAACCGGUAUAAAACAAAUUUCAGACAAAUUUUUA